CGAGCGCGUUCGGGAGUCCGGGGCUGGAGGAGGGCCACAGGCUGGGAGACCUGUGCCUGCAGUUCAGGGGCAUCUAUUUGCCUAGAAUACUUCUGGAGAAGAAACAAUGGAUUCCUUGGACCAUAUGCUGACAGAUCCCUUGGAACUAGGUCCAUGUGGAGAUGGCCAUGGUACACGAAUUAUGGAAGACUGCCUCUUGGGAGGCACCAGGGUUAGUCUACCUGAGGACCUUCUGGAGGAUCCUGAGAUAUUCUUUGAUGUCGUCAGUCUCUCAACAUGGCAGGAAGUAUUAAGCGACUCUCAGCGGGAACACCUCCAGCAGUUUCUGCCUCAUUUUCCUGCAGACAGUGUGGAGCAGCAGAAUGAACUCAUCCUAGCUCUGUUCAGUGGGGAGAACUUUCGCUUUGGAAACCCUUUGCACAUUGCUCAGAAGCUUUUCCGAGAUGGACACUUUAACCCUGAGGUGGUCAAGUAUCGGCAGCUAUGCUUCAAGUCACAGUACAAGCGAUACCUCAACUCUCAGCAGCAGUAUUUCCAUCGACUGCUAAAGCAGAUUCUUGCUUCCCGGAGUGAUUUACUGGAGAUGGCCCGAAGGAGUGGCCCAACCCUUCCCUUCAGGCAGAAGCGUCCUUCACCAUCCCGAAGCCCUGAGGAGCGGGAGUGGCGGACCCAGCAGCGCUACUUGAAGGUCUUGAGGGAAGUGAAGGAGGAGUGUGGCGACACUGCCCCAUCCUCUGAUGAAGAGGCCACGUUGGAUUUACAAGAAAAAUUUUCUUUUGAAGAUCUCAGCUCAUGGCUUCCGAGCUCUCCAGCGCGUUCUCCUAGUCCUGCGGUGCCCCUGAGGGUGGUGCCCACGCUUUCCACCACGGAUAUGAAAACUACAGAUAAAAUAGAACUGGGGGACAGUGACCUGAAGAUAAUGUUAAAGAAGCACCAUGAGAAGCGGAAACAUCAACCAGAUCACCCGGACCUUUUGACAGGGGACCUGACCCUCAGUGACAUCAUGACUCGAGUAAAUGCUGGCAGGAAGGGCUCACUAGCAGCCUUAUAUGACUUGGCUGUCCUUAAAAAAAAGGUGAAGGAAAAAGAGGAAAAGAAAAAGAAGAAAAUAAAGCUGAUUAAAUCAGAGGCAGAGGAUCUGGCUGAAACUUUGAGCAACACUGAAGGGGUCCCACCUCUCUCACAGGCCCCAUCUCCACUGGCAAUACCUUCUAUCAAGGAAGAGCCCCUGGAAGACCUCAAGCCUUGCCUUGGAAUCAAUGAGAUUUCUUCCAGUUUUUUCUCUCUUCUAUUAGAGAUCUUGCUUCUGGAGAAUCAAGCUAGCCUUCCUAUGCUGGAGGAAAGAGUUUUGGAUUGGCAGUCAUCUCCAGCCAGCUCCCUCAACAGCUGGUUCUCUGCAGCCCCUAACUGGGCUGAGUUGGUAUUGCCUGCCCUUCAGUAUCUUGCUGGAGAAAGCCGAGCUGUUCCUUCCAGUUUCUCUCCAUUUGUUGAAUUCAAAGAGAAAACCCAGCAGUGGAAAUUGCUUGGCCAGUCUCAAGAUAAUGAAAAGGAAUUAGCUGCGCUCUUCCAGCUGUGGCUAGAGACCAAAGACCAGGCCUUUUGUAAGCAAGAAAAUGAAGACAGCUCAGAUGCUACAACACCUGUCCCUCGGGUAAGAACUGACUAUGUGGUGCGGCCCAGCACUGGGGAGGAGAAACGGGUUUUUCAGGAGCAGGAGCGUUACAGAUACAGCCAACCCCAUAAGGCAUUCACCUUUCGCAUGCAUGGCUUUGAGUCUGUGGUGGGGCCAGUGAAGGGUGUGUUUGACAAGGAGACUUCCCUCAACAAAGCUCGGGAACAUUCCCUUCUGCGCUCUGACCGGCCUGCCUAUGUCACCAUCCUGUCUCUUGUUCGGGAUGCAGCAGCUCGGCUGCCUAAUGGAGAAGGCACACGGGCAGAGAUCUGCGAACUGCUCAAGGACUCCCAGUUUCUUGCACCAGAUGUUACCAGCACUCAGGUCAACACAGUAGUGAGUGGUGCCCUGGAUCGACUACAUUAUGAAAAAGAUCCUUGUGUGAAAUAUGACAUUGGACGGAAGCUGUGGAUCUACCUGCAUCGGGACCGGAGCGAAGAAGAGUUUGAGCGGAUUCACCAAGCACAAGCAGCUGCGGCUAAAGCCAGAAAAGCCCUUCAGCAAAAACCCAAGCCCCCAUCCAAGGUGAAGUCCAAUAGCAAGGAGACUUCAUUAAAAGUCCUCAGCAGUGGACCUUCUGAGCAAAGCCAGAUGAGCCUCAGUGACUCUAGUAUGCCACCCACCCCAGUAACUCCUGUAACCCCCACCACACCAGCAUUGCCUACCACCCCAAUUUCCCCUCCGCCUGUGUCAUCAGUGAACAAAAGUGGCUCUACUUCUGUCUCAGAACCAGCUAAGUCUAGUUCAGGGGUUCUUCUGGUGUCCUCACCAACAAUGCCACAGCUAGGAACAAUGCUAUCCCCAGCUUCCAGCCAGACUCCACCCAGUUCACAGGCUGCUGCCCGAGUUGUAAGCCACUCUGGCUCAGCUGGACUGCCCCAGGUGCGGGUGGUGGCUCAACCUAGCCUUCCUGCUGUCCCACAGCAGUCAGCAGGACCAACACAGACACUGCCACAGAUGCCACCAGGACCACAGAUCCGGGUGCCAGCCACUGCCACACAGACCAAAGUAGUACCCCAGGCAGUCAUGGCCACUGUUCCAAUCAAAGCGCAAACUGGGGCACCCAGUGUACAGCGGCCUGGACCCAUGCAGACAGGGCUUACGGUGACAAGUCUCCCUGCUGCAGCCAGCCCUGUGAGCAAGCCAGCCACAAGUUCCCCUGGGAGCUCGGCUCCAAGUGCCUCUACAACUGCAGUCAUUCAAAAUGUUACAGGACAGAACAUCAUCAAGCAGGUGGCCAUCACUGGGCAGCUUGGUGUGAAGCCYCAGACAGGCAACAGCAUCCCACUCACAGCCACAAACUUCCGAAUUCAGGGUAAGGAUGUACUGCGACUGCCGCCCUCUUCCAUCACCACAGAUGCCAAGGGCCAGACGGUUCUUCGAAUCACACCGGACAUGAUGGCCACGUUGGCUAAGUCCCAAGUUACCACAGUAAAAUUGACUCAGGACCUCUUCGGGACAGGAGGUGGUACUGCAGGCAAAGGCAUCUCUGCCACCUUACAUGUCACUUCCAAUCCAGUCCAUGCAACUGAUAGCCCUGCCAAGGCCAGUUCAGCCAAUGCUCCUUCAUCUGCUCCAGCAGGCACCACUGUGGUCAAAGUGACUCCCGACCUCAAGCCAGCAGAGCCCUCCAGUUCAGCUUUUCGCUUGAUGCCAGCCCUUGGUGUGAGUGUGGCAGAUCAGAAGGGAAAAAAUACAGUGGCCUCUUCAGAAGCGAAGCCAGCUGCCACAAUUCGCAUCGUGCAGGGCCUGGGAGUAAUGCCUCCCAAAGCAGGCCAGACCAUCACUGUUGCAGCCCAUGCCAAGCAAGGGGCCUCAGUGGCCAGUGGGUCUGGAACUGUCCAUUCUUCAGCAGUAUCCUUGCCCAGUAUGAAUGCUGCUGUGUCCAAGACUGUGGCUGUAGCUUCUGGGGCUGCAAACACACCUAUCAGCAUCGGGACAGGAGCCCCCACUGUGCGGCAGGUCCCCGUCAGCACCACGGUUGUGUCCACGUCCCAGGCUGGGAAGCUACCUACACGGAUCACAGUUCCACUGUCUGUGAUUAGCCAGCCAAUGAAGGGCAAGAGUGUGGUCACAGCCCCUAUCAUCAAAGGCAACCUGGGAGCCAACCUGAGUGGCUUGGGCCGMAAUAUCAUCCUCACCACCAUGCCAGCAGGUACUAAGCUCAUUGCUGGCAAUAAGCCUGUUAGUUUCCUCACUGCCCAACAGUUGCAGCAACUUCAGCAGCAAGGUCAGGCCACACAGGUGCGCAUCCAGACUGUUCCCGCAUCUCACCUCCAGCAGGGUACAGCUUCUGGUUCCUCCAAAGCAGUCUCCACUGUUGUUGUGACCACAGCUCCAUCUCCUAAACAGGCACCUGAACAGCAGUGAUUGUGACAGARGUGGCUUCCAUAAAAGAUCACUCCUGGUCUGCCUUGGCUCAAAGAAAGGGAGCACGGAGGUUUCGUUAUUCCUCCAAGCUUGUCUGUUAAAGGCAGGCUAGUGGGGAGGAUAGAAACGGCCUUGAUUCUGCUGCCAUACACCAUACUGGAGCCCUAAGAAUGUUUUACUCCAGGUUCCUGAGUCUGCUCUCUACCAAUCUAGGAGAAGAUUCUGUCAACAGUCGUGGAAGGUCAUGAUUCCAUCAUUCAAGCCAAAGUUCUCUCCUGAGAGUAGGACGCCCAGGGAAGGCUUACUAUUUAGAGUGGGCAGGCAGUGUGUAAGCCUUGUUCUAAGGGUUGUAUUUUUUAGUUUCUGGUUUUCUUUGUGACUUGUGGUCUAGAUAUGAGUUUUGUGUUCUGAAAAUUUUGUGUAACUUAUUUUUUUAAAGAGCCUAUUGCACUCUUCAUCAAAUAGAAAUGUGGGCUUUAGCUCCCCUCUAAAAUGACCACUUGUUUUUUUGACCAGAAUGAGAAUCCUAGCCAGUUGGUGGCUGAUUUGAUAACUACAUUGUAGUUGAGAGUCUAUGAGAUAAAAAAAAAACACAUAGAAGUUAGGUAGUGUGGAUUCCCCAAAAUGGGAUUGUUCUGGCAUCACCUCUUUGUUGGGGUCUUGAUUGUGGUCCAUACCUUCGUCUGCCCAGUGGGCAGAGUACAGUGACAGAGACUUUGCAGCACCAACUUUGUUGCAUUUCAGAGAUUGUGCAUUCUGUUUUGUUCUAGAGUUGGAGUCACAAACCCCAGGCUCUUGGGCCCAACCACCAGUUUUUGUAAAUAAAGUUUUAUUGGAACAUA